AUGCUGGUGCUAAGGGCCAUGAUGACCCUUUUUCAUGAUAUGAGUCACAAAGAGAUUGAGGUGUAUGCGGAUGAUGUCAUCAUCAAGUCUCAAAAAAGUUUAGAACAUUUGGAUGAGUUGAGGAAAUUUUUCGAAUGCUUGCAGAGGUACUGCUUGAAGUUGAACCCGACAAAAUGCGUGUUCGGAGUCCCUGCUGGAAAAUUGUUAGGUUUCUUAAGCAAAAAGGGGAUAGAAUUGAAUCAAUCAAAAAUCAAAGCCAUGCAGGAGUUGCCACCACCCAAGAUUAAGAAAUAUGUGAUGAUUUUCCUGGCACGACGAAACCGGAAGAAAGGAGCAGACCAUCUAAUACUUAAGGAAGAAGUUCACACCAUGCAAGGCCAAAUACACUUUGAUAGAGCGCGUUUGUUGUGCUUUGACUUGGAUCACCCAGAAUUUGAGGCAUUACAUGUCAGCGUACACUAUGCAUUUGAUAUCUCGGCUCGACCCACUCAAACUAUCAAAGGACAAGCUCUAGCGGAACACCUUGCAGAGAAUCCAGCGGAUAAGGAAUAUAAGUCGCUCACUACGUACUUUCCCGACGAGGAGGUAUUGUUCGCUAGAGAAGAUAUUGUAGAAUCAUACCCUGGAUGGAGAAUGUUUUUCGAUAGAGCGGCGAAUUUUAAAGGAGUAGGAAUUGGGGCAGUCCUAAUUUUGAAAUCAGGACAGCAUUAUCCAGCAUCAACAAAGAUAAGAUUCCCUUGUACCAACAAUAUGGCCGAGUAUGAAGCAUGCAUCCUUGGGAUCAAGAUGGCAGUCGACAUGAACAUCACAGAGCUUUUGGUCAUAGGGGAUUCCGAUCUAUUGAUACAUCAAGUCCAAGGGGAGUGGUCUACCAAACAUUUCAUGAUCCUUCCAUACAUGCACCGUGUAAAAGAAUUAUGCAAGAAGUUUAUAAUGAUUGAGUUCAAGCACGUUCCCAGGAUCCAGAACGAGUUCACUGAUGCUUUUGCAACCCUAUCGUCCAUGAUUCAACAUCUAGAUAAGAAUUAUAUCGACCCUAUCGAGGUAGAGAUCAGGGAUCAACAUGCAUACUAA